GUAUUUUUAGAAUGGCAACAACCCUACGGGCAACACUGUAGAGAUUUGGAUGUGAUCACAUAUCGGUGGAAGUUCAAACCCGAGGUCAUGCCAAAUACAAAGGAAAUAAUUUUUUCUGUCGUGCUCUCUGCUGUUCUCGUCUUUAACAUAGCAGGAAACUCCCUCGUUAUCUACAUCAUCAGGAAUGGACGAGGAAUGAAAACCUCCACAAACUAUCUGCUGUUAAACUUGGCUGUAGCAGAUCUAUUAUUUGGUGUUUUUCUUGCUCCUGAGAAUAUAGUUCUGCCUUUGUUGGRUASACCAUCCUUGCCUGAUGGAGCUCUUGGUGACUGGCUGUGUAAACUAAUUGGAUUUGGUAACAUCGGUUGGAUGGCGUCUAGAGCUUCUAUUUUCACCAUGGUUUGUUUAUCAGUUGAACGAUACUUUGCUGUUUGUCGUCCUCAUACCUUCCGUCAGCGUUUCUCGCCAAAGAUCGUCAAAGUGCUCAUUGUGGUGUCCUGGAUAUAUGCUGUUGUUAUGCUAUCUCCCUUACUUGUUGAUGUUCAUUUUAGCAGAGAAUAUUUUCGCUGCUUCCUUAACGAUUCGAUUUUUAAAGCUUAUAUGUGGUAUUCUUUGGUAGAAAUGACUUGUGUUUUCACUCUGAUGAUAUUUUUUACUGUGAAAAUAUUCAUUUCCCUCUGKUGCAAKCAGACAGUCGAACCUACAGGAGAACGAGAGAUCACCGAGAGAAAGAAGAAAAAGAAAGUCACAYUGUGUGUUCUUGCUGUAGUUGUCACAUUUGUUGUGUGCUGGAGCCCUGCUGCAAUAAACUUUAUUGUAGCACUUGGACCAUCAACAGCAAUACAAGUGGAAUUAACUACAGCAACGGUACUGACGGCGUUUAUCAAUGCUGCUUUUGACCCGUAUCUGUUUAGCUUCCAAAGUUCAAGAUUUAAGGUUUUGGUCAAAAAGGUUCUUUGCUGUGGAAAAGAGUCUUCCGUGUAAAUGUGAGUGGAAACGUAAUUGUCAUUUGAAGGUCAACAGGCGGAGAUAUUACGCUGAUCAUGAACGGAUUGUACUGAACACUAGUAUGCUUGAAAGAUUGACGAAUCGACCGUGAAGGGAUCUUCUGGUCCAAAGAGAGAUGCCUCUGUGUCCAUUAGUCCACGAGGGUCACUUUUGAAAGAUUCUCUGACUCAUCGCCGGUAAUUAAGUGAAUGUGAAAAAAAGGAAUUAUUUCAUCGUUUUCCCCACGUUUUAAAAGUCCUGUUAUUUCACGGGAUCUAGCUGGAGAUAUGAAUGAACUUGCGUUUAGAGACCCGUCUUGUUUCAAGGCCGGUGAAAGGAAUGACAUGCCUGGUUUUACCCAAGCUCGGCUUUCUAAUAAUUAUUGUUUCUAAAUACGCACAAAUAACAUGUGGUCAUGAAUAAAUGAG